AUGGUUACGUUUUGGAGCAUAUGGAGUUAUAGAAACAAGAUGGUGUUUAAUAUGGUGAAGCCCCGUAAAGAUGUGAUAUUUGAUGACAUUCGUUCUUUUGCUUAUUUUUGGGAAAUAGUCGUUCCGAUUGGGGAAAUGCCAGAGCUGCGCAGUGGAGUACGUCGUGCCCGUGCUUCACCUGUAGUCGACAAGAAGAAAGGUCUCAGCUCGCCGAAGGCUGCGGCGGGGAAGAAACGAUCGGAGCAAUUGGUUGGUAAGCACGUCAAAACUCGAGCGGCUGCGGCGACUUUGGUUGAGGUGAAACAACAGAAGAAUCCGCGGCGGCAGACUAAGCAGACAAAGGAGGAGAAAGAGGGUUUAGCACCACCCACGUUGGUUGUUGUUUCCGAAACAGAGGAGAGAGGAAAAGAAACAGUCAAAGAAGUACGGAUGGGGGAUAGCGGCGGAUUGAGCGCUAACAAGGUUACCGGUCAGGAGGAAGAAGGAAAUACUGCCCCUUUUCCUGAUAGGGUUCAAGUAGGUGGAUCACCACAAUAUAAGGUUGAGAGGAAGCUAGGCAAAGGUGGUUUUGGUCAGGUAUUUGUAGGUCGCCGUGUUUCUGGUGGAACUGAACGAAUAUCAGGUCCUGGAGCCAUGGAGGUAGCUCUUAAAUUUGAGCACAAAAACAGCAAAGGCUGCAGUUAUGGUCCUCCAUACGAGUGGCAAGUUUACAACACUCUAGGUGGCAGUCAUGGUGUGCCUAAAGUACAUUAUAAAGGAAAACAAGGAGAGUAUUAUGUGAUGGUCAUGGACAUGCUUGGACCUAGUCUAUGGGAUGUUUGGAAUUCUUCUGGCCAAUCGAUGUCAUCUGAAAUGGUAGCUUGUAUAGCUGUGGAAGCUUUGUCAAUUUUGGAUAAGCUGCAUGCAAGAGGUUACGUGCAUGGAGAUGUAAAGCCAGAGAACUUUUUACUUGGCCAGCCAUCAACAUCUCAAGAAAAGAAAUUAUUUCUUGUUGACCUGGGGUUGGCAACAAAGUGGCGAGAGACUGCUAAUGGUCAACAUGUUGACUAUGACCAACGGCCUGACAUGUUCAGGGGAACAGUUAGAUAUGCUAGUGUGCAUGCACACUUGGGUAGGACUGCAAGUAGAAGAGAUGAUCUGGAAUCUCUUGCAUAUACACUCAUAUUUCUUCAUCGAGGCAGGCUUCCUUGGCAAGGGUAUCAGGGUGACAAUAAAUCAUUUCUAGUGUGCAAGAAGAAAAUGGCGACAUCUCCUGAAAUGUUGUGUGUGUUUUGCCCUGCACCUGUAAGGCAGUUUCUGGAGAUAGUUGUGAAUAUGAAGUUUGAUGAAGAACCAAACUAUUCGAAGCUAAUUUCUUUGUUCGAGGGACUAAUAGGACCCAAUCCUGCUAUAAGGCCCAUAAACACAGAUGGUGCUCAAAAGAUCAUCUGUCAAGUUGGUCAAAAACGGGGCAGAUUGAAUCUUGAUGAGGAUGAUGAUGGACAGCCUUCAAAGAAAAUCCGAAUGGGAGUCCCUGCAACACAGUGGAUUUCAAUUUACAAUGCCAGGCUACCAAUGAAACAAAGGUAUCAUUACAAUGUUGCAGAUGCAAGAUUAAGCCAACAUGUCGAGAGAGGAAAUGCUGAUGGCUUACUUAUAAGCUGUGUGUCAUCUUGUUCCAACUUAUGGGCUUUGAUAAUGGAUGCUGGGACAGGGUUUUCAAGCCAAGUUUAUGAACUGUCUCCUUUCUUCUUACACAAGGAAUGGAUUAUGGAACAAUGGGAGAAGAACUAUUACAUCAGCUCCAUUGCUGGUGCUAACAAUGGAAGCUCUCUGGUGGUUAUGUCAAAAGGGACACAGUACUCUCAACAGUCUUACAAAGUUAGCGACUCGUUCCCUUUCAAGUGGAUAAACAAGAAAUGGAGAGAAGGGUUUCAUGUGACAUCCAUGGCAACCGCGGGUACCCGCUGGGGUGUUGUCAUGUCCCGUAAUGCUGGCUUCAGUGAUCAGGUGGUGGAGCUUGAUUUUCUAUAUCCAAGUGAGGGGAUUCAUAGAAGGUGGGAUAAUGGUUACCGUAUUACAUCAACAGCUGCCACCUGGGAUCAAGCUGCUCUUAUCUUGAGUGUGCCUCGCCACAAGCCUGGCGAUGAAACACAGGAAACUUUGCGCACAUCACAGUUUCCAAGCACACAUGUUAAGGAGAAGUGGGCUAAAAAUCUGUAUCUUGCCUGCAUUUGCUAUGGAAGAACUGUGUCUUGAAUCAUUAUAUGAUAAUGUGUGCAGAGAGAGAGAGAGAGAGAGGGUAGAGGACAGAAGACAGAGGUGGUGUGUAAAGUGGUUGUUGUAAACUCAUGUGUUGUUGUGAAUCAAGGACACCAGUAGUGGUCCAGAUUCUGAGUAGUCAACUAGUCUAGUCGUGAUGUUGACCCGUAUUUAUAAUAUAUUGUUGUUUGUAACUGUACCUAAUCGCUGGUUAUAUGUAUGCCAUUUUCAUUGUCAUGUGUAUGCUUUGCUUCAAGGAAGCCAUAAUGUUAUUAUGGCGUGUUAAACUUGGUUACUUUUUUGGAUAUCAACCAGUGUGUUUUUGUUGGAAACA